AUGACAAAAGAAGAAGAAGAAAAAGAUAUAUCAAAUACAACAAAAGAAGCAAAAGAAGAAGAAGCAAAAGAAAAUAAAGAAGAAGACAAAGCAGCAAUAAAAGAUAAAGAAGAAGAAGCUCUAGUAAAUGAACAAGAAAGAAAAGAAGAAGAAGCAGAUAAAGAUAAAGAUAUAGAUAUGGAUAAAGAUAUAGAUAAAGAUAUAGAUAAAGAUAUAGAUAUAGAUACAGAUAAAGAUAAAGAUAAAGACAAAGAUAAAGAUAAAGAUAAAUAUACAGAAAAGGAUAAAGAUAAAGAUAAAGAUAAAGAUAAAGAUGAAGAGACAUCUUUAUGCAAUUGGUUAUUCUUUGUCCGAUAUUUUCUUGUUUAA